CGUCUCCGAUGCGUUUUUCGGUUUCCGGUUGCGUUGCGAGCCAGCGCCGGCGCCCGGUCAGCGGCACGACAUCUUGGAACCGAACGUACAGAAAGAUUCCUCCCACGACUGGGAGACCUCCCAGGAGGUAUACAUAGUUUGGAAUGUGCUGUUUAUGGUGUCGAUAGCGGUGGCCGCUGCUGGAUCGAUGUUUGUUGUUCGUGGCAUGGACAGGAUUGAGCUUGAAUCGACGGUSGUUCCGCUGCCCCGGCUGCUUCGACGAGAACGAAAACCGUCGUGAUCGGGCUUCAACAAGCUGCCUCGUCGGAGAAUGUGYUCCCAAAAGCGGGUGACACCUUGCGCGAACGGAUCCUCCCCCAUGGAUCCCAACGGUAGAAAUCGACCGUCGCGCAGCUUGGACCAGCCACAGAGCUACCGUCAUUGUCGUCGUCGUGAUGCUCCCCGUCUUCUCUUUCCUUUGAUGCUAGGGCACAAAAUGRAGAGGCAUGUGUCCAAGAAUCAUCCAAGAAUUGCAAAAAUCUGAAGCCUCGAAUUYGAACGAAAAGCUUCUCCCACCAAAAUCCUUGWGGCGGAACAGGAUCUGCAACUCGCAGGAAUGCUCGUUCGUGUUUGGUCGAAUCAAUCAAUCUCUGGCCGUCACUCGCUCGAUUUUGAAAAUGAUUUUUUUAUUUUUAAAAAAUGUUUUUWAAAUCUUUUUUUGGGGUCGUGGCGUCGCACCUGCAUGCCCUUCUAUGUACUGUACGGUGUACAUCUGUAGGGUGGAUUCAUUAGACUAACGGACGUCGGGGAAUUUCUGUAUUCCAUCCAUGCCAUGAGGGUGCCUUCUAUUCUAUUCUGACUAUCUUGCUACGAAGUACCCAAGUACUGUACUCUCGUACCGGUACGUACGUUAGCACUGUCCGAAUGGAGUACGGUACGUACGACUCACGCGAGUACGAGCAGCCAGUACCGUUACUACAGUACUACGAUAAACGUUUGACUGUACGAGUAGRGGCGAGUCCACUCUACGGACAGCGUCGUACUUUUCGUACAGAACCGAAACUCCUACUGUAGUGUAGUAUGUAGUACUGUAGGAUACAGUACUAAAAACGAAGAUAGUUUUUCAUGCCGUUUCUACGAUCAUUUUGUGUGUCUUUCUUUUGGUUUCUCCCAGCAAAACACUCGCUCUCUGUUAGACUGGACAGGUUUUCGAAAGACUCGACAUGAACGAAGAUGCCCAUCAGCACUUGCAGUGAGUACGGUAGGACGGCAACACGAAGGAGAAACAGCGUCCACCAACGAGAGACAUUCGAAUUCAACACAUAUUGAUAUCGAAAACAUGACCGGAUCCUGGUUUGCGGGAGGUGAGAACGCUCACUCCGGCAACACCAAUGGAUACAACAUGACCGAGGCCGUGGGUGCUCUCUAUCCCCGGAAAGCCGGUCGGUGGGCCGAGCGGCACAAGGAUCGGUCUCGGUUUAGCAACCUUUUGUUGGAACACGGCGAGAAGCACCUCCAGGACUGGGCGGUCAUUGCGUACACGUGCCCUACACUCCGGCACCACUCUGCCUCCAGUGCGUCCGGGUCUGGCGGUCGGACCACCAUGGGGUCGAGCCGAAAGAGCAAGAACCUAGAAACCACGUGGGCGGCCAACCGAUCCACCGCGGCAGCAUCGCAGUCUCUCCGAAAGCAAUCGGCAGCCACUUCGUCCUCUUCGGCUUCCUCCAGCAGAGCACAGAAAAAAAAGGCCGCACUCGACAAAGAUUUCUACCCCAGUGCCCACCUCACCAAGAUCGAGGGCCGCCUGCAUCUUUGUUCCAAAUCACUGAUCUUCGAGCCAAGCGAUUUUGCGCGACCGAUUCUUCGGUGUUCUUUCAACAAACUGGAGAGCCCUCCGAAGGAAUACCCAAACAAGACCGAGGAUCCCUCGGUCAAAUCGUUCGAAGCCAUGACGGUAGAAUUCGAAUCCUCUCGCCACGUUACAAUGAAGGCAAACAAUGCCAUAUCCCCCUUCGAAAGCAUCCCUGUUCACACGCGCUUCAGAUUUACGUUUUUGCACUCGUCUCCCACGUCCUUUGUGGACUUGUGCAAGCACUUGUUCACUAUUAAUUACAAGUCCAAGACCGGUUCGUCGUCGAACGUGUCUCGAAGCAACAAUCCGCAAUCGGAAUUGGACGAGCUGCUGAAGCCAAUGCUAGACAGACCCUUCGAUCCCGCAAACCUGCGGGACGUUCGUGAGCGGGUUCUGACCUCUAACAUCCGAUGCAACCUCCUCACCCCGCUGCAAGCGCAGCCAGGUUGCAUGGUCGUAACGCAAGAGCGGAUGUACUUCCAGCCAGCUCUGGGUGUGAUUGGCGUGGAAACAUCGUCUCAGGCAAAGACGUGGUGCCUCCAGCGGGACUUACUGGCAACGGCACGGCGGUAUUUUGGACUGAAAGAUUCGGCACUGGAACUUUUCUGGAAGGAUGGGAGCAGUACGCUCUUUGGGUACGACCGCAAACACGAACGAGAGCAAGUCUUGCGGUUGCUACCAACCCACCGGGGCAACAGCAACGGCAGUGUCAUUCCGUGUCACACCGACAGGGAAUUCAUUGUUCAGGCAUCUCAGGAGUGGCAGCGGGGAACCAUUACCAAUUACGACUAUCUUUUGCUUUUGAACAGUGCCGCCGGUCGCACCGUCCAGGACUUGUCGCGUUAUCCUGUGUUUCCUUGGGUCAUUUCGGAUCAUGAAUCCACCACGCUCGAUUUGACGGACGAAAAGACCUUUCGGGAUUUAUCGAAGCCAAUUGGUGCCUUGAACGAGAAACGGUUGCAGUAUUUUCAGCAGCGAUUGGAAGGAAUGGCAGACAUGGAAGAUGAUUUCUUGUACGGGACACAUUACUCCGCUGCGGGAUACGUAUUGUACUAGUGAGUGCAGACACGAAAAUCGCGCUAUUGGUUAGAGCGCAAAAGCUAUGAAUGAGUUUGCGUGUAGGUCACUGACCAUGGCUUUUGAAAUUCUGUUCUCUUUCUCGUUUCAGUUUGGUUCGCAGCAUGCCCGAGCACAUGUUGUGCCUGCAGAAUGGGAAAUUCGAUGCGCCAGAUCGCCUGUUCCAUAGUGUUUCCAAAUGUUACUCCUGCGUCUUGUCCAAUCAUGCCGACGUCAAGGAGCUGAUUCCAGAAUUCUAUAGCCCAAAUAACGAUUUUGAUUUUCUAAUCAACGCCCAAGGAUUGCAAUUAGGAGCUACUCAAAACGGUGAUCGAGUCAAUGACGUAACUCUGCCCCCUUGGGCAAAGUCUCCCAGAGAUUUCCUGAGAAAGAACAACAAAGCAUUGGAAUCCGAAAUAUGCACCGCGAUGUUGCCCCGUUGGAUCGACUUGAUUUUUGGAAGCAAGUCGAGGGGAGAUGCUGCAAAAGAAGCAAACAACCUCUUUCAUCGUUCGGCCUACCUAGGACCGGCAGACUUAUCGGCACUGCCCACACCUGAGGAGCGAUUUCAAGCAGAGUUGCAAGCGACCGAGUUCGGUAUAGUUCCCGACCAACUCUUUGUCGGGCGACAUCCUCUCCGUCACGAAACGGUCGACGAUAGUUUUGUCAAUCCCGACGUGGGGCGUACUUUUAGCGGAACUGAUGAUGGGAAAGCUGAUGCUUGGGAGUUGCUCGAGUCGCCAUCCGUUGACAGCCACGAUAUGAACCAUCGGGAUGGUUCUCAAAAUCCGGUACCAUGGAAAGAAGAAGACGAAGACAACCCAGCAUUGUUUUCAUCGGGUAUCGAUAGAAUUAAUACGAAAGGACAAAGUAAAGAUAGCAAACCACAGAAUCCUUUCCAUGUUGAAACCAAGGGUAGCUUUGGUGAGAGCCAUCAUCGCAAUAGAAGAAUUCCGACGAGUGGAAGUGGAGAUGUUGGAGAUGGACUAAGAACCUCGUCCUUCUCCCACCUUGGUAAGGACAGCCUCCCUUCCUUUGCUGAGUCCGAGGGUAAGACUGCGUCUCCUCGUUCCACUAUGGGUCCAGUUUCCCCGACAAAGCCAACCCCAGCGACUUCAGCGGAAUGGGACGUGAAAUUCAUUGAGAAAAGGCAGGUUCACGAGGACGCGAUUUCUGGAUGUGCCAUGUUUCCAGCAGAAGGCGACCGAUCCAUGUUAGUGACAACUUCCUUGGACGGAGGUCUUAAGGUCCACACCGUUAGCCUUGGACUUUCUGAUUCGGAAAAGAAAGAAAGAGAGGGAGGAUUGACAGGUACAUUGAGCCGCUUCUCUUAUAUUGCCAUGUCUCGUGGUCAAAAUUCGGCGAAUGAACAAAGCAAGCUAACAGAGCACAGAACCCACAGUUCUCGCGAUCCACUUGCUUGCCUUUGCAUGGCAGGUGAUGGCCAAGGAGGGAAAAUUGCAUUUGCAGGUGGCCACGAUGAUGUGGUGCUGGCAUACGGAAUCAAUUCUGCCUGUGCAGUUGCGUCUAUAUACUCUCAUCGAGACGCUGUCACUGGACUUGAUAUGCUUUGUAGGCCUCCUCUCACGACACAAUCGGCCUUGUGGCCAAAGAACGCAACUCAUAUUAUGGUUAGCGGUAGCUGGGAUGCAACCAUCAAGGUGUGGUCUGUGGUGGUUGCAAAUGGCGAAACUGUAUCCAUUGACAGGGAACCGUUGGCAGAACUCUUCGAUGCCGAAUCAUCGAUCGUUAGUGUGUCUGCCGUUGCCUGUCCAGAUGAAGGGGGUAUCAUCGUUGGUGCAGGAUCCGCAGAUGGUAGUUUCUGUGUCUGGAAUUUGCACAGCAAUGGGGUUCAAGUGGUCAUCCACAAGGAACCUGCUCGGCGAGGAUCUGGAUCAUGCUCGGUAGUGAAAUGGUCGUCAGAAGGGGGCCGACUGAGCUUGUUUGCUGGGUUCGCUACUGGCAAGGUUGGUUCGUAUUCGCUUAUUGACGGCACAAUGAGGAAGGCGAGUGUUGCAUCUGUGGGCGUCGCAGUGCAAUCGCUUGUCUACGCCGAGGGUAUCCUUCUUGUUGGAUGUUCAGACGGAGGUCUUCGUCUUAUUCCUAUUCGCGAUUCUACGUAUUUUACAUCUGACUUGUCUUUAUGGCCUAGUGUGAACAAUAAAUCAUCACCAGGUCUGACCAGUGUGAAUCUGUCCAUYGUAGGGAUGAACAAUUGCGAUUCUGGAACAUGUAUCUGCUGUACUGGUGGGGAAGAUGGCAGCAUUGCCAUUUUCGAAAUUAAACGAGCUGCUUCUCGCUAACUACAAUGAAAAAUGGAUGAAAUACCUUGUAAGCCAAAUACUGUAAUUAUAAUAUGACAUGACAAUCAUUAGAAG